AUGGGAAUGAAACACUCCUCCCGCUGUUUGCUCCUACGGAGAAAAAUGGCGGAGACCGAGAGCACCGAGGUAAGUCAGGCUAAAGAUGCGCCCCUGAGUGCGACCACAUCUCAAUCCGUGCAACCAUCCCCUCUCCCCAAGCCUGUGACGUCCGUGAACCAUGCCCCACGAACCACCCACACACCACACUCAGCUGCCAUGCCCAGCUGCCCUGGCAGAGGCAAGAUGGCCAAAUUCCUCAACCCAGAGGAGAUGACAUCAAGAGACUACUACUUUGACUCCUAUGCUCACUUUGGCAUACAUGAGGAGAUGCUGAAAGAUGAAGUAAGGACCCUAACCUAUAGAAACUCCAUGUACCACAACAAACACGUCUUCAAGGACAAGAUCGUCCUUGACGUGGGGAGCGGCACUGGCAUCCUCUCUAUGUUUGCUGCCAAAGCAGGAGCCAAGCACGUGUACGGGAUUGAAUGUUCCAGUAUAUCUGAAUACUCAGAGAAGAUCAUCAAGGCAAAUCACCUAGACAGUGUCAUCACUAUCUUCAAGGGGAAGGUGGAGGAGACGGAGCUGCCGGUGGAGCAGGUGGAUAUUAUUAUCUCGGAGUGGAUGGGAUACUGCCUGUUCUACGAGUCCAUGCUCAACACCGUCAUCUACGCCAGGGACAAAUGGCUGAAACCUGGCGGCUUAAUGUUUCCUGACCGUGCUGCCCUCUAUGUGGUUGCCAUUGAGGACAGACAGUACAAGGACUUCAAGAUUCACUGGUGGGAGAAUGUCUAUGGCUUUGACAUGACCUGCAUCAGGAAUGUGGCCAUGAAAGAACCCUUGGUGGAUAUAGUGGACCCCAAACAAGUGGUGACCAACUCCUGUCUCAUCAAGGAGGUGGACAUCUACACGGUAAAACCAGAGGACCUGUCCUUCACCUCAGCCUUCUGCCUGCAGAUCCAGAGGAAUGACUAUAUCCAUGCACUUGUCACUUAUUUCAACAUUGAGUUUACCAAAUGUCACAAGAAGACUGGCUUCUCUACAGCACCGGAUGCUCCGUACACUCACUGGAAACAGACUGUUUUCUACCUGGAGGACUACCUGACAGUGAAAAGAGGAGAGGAGAUUGUAGGCACUGUCGCCAUGAAGCCCAACGAAAAGAAUGUGCGAGAUCUGGACUUUACCUUCGAGUUGGAUUUUAAAGGCCAGCUGUGUGAGGCUGCCAUCUCUCACGACUAUAAAAUGCGCUAA